ACAGCCCCAAGAAGAGAGACAGGUCAGCUGUCUUGCUGGCAUCAUGCAUCCUCUGCACACAUUUCUGCUUUUUCCUCUCCUGGCGUAUCUCGGGCGAAGCGCAGAUGGGAGUGAAAUCAUAAAUGGGGAACUAGCCCCGGAGAACUCGAUGCUGUAUAUGGCCUCGUUGCAGGACAGCAAAGGUCAUCUUUGUGGAGGGUUCCUGAUCAGUGAGGACUUUGUGCUCACUGCUGCACACUGUGACGAUGGCAUUACCCAUGUUGUUCUUGGCACCCACAAUCUCAAGAGUGUUAAUGAUGACAACAAGAUAUCCAUUAAACAAAAAUACAAACACAAAUGUUAUGAAAAUGUUGGAAAUGGUAGUGACAUCAUGCUCCUCAAACUGUCUAAGAAGGUUUCACUGAACAGACGGGUGCAAACAAUUCCUCUUCCCACAUCUGAAAUGAACACACAAGACAACUGCAAGGUGGCUGGAUGGGGAGCUAUAAAGACUCGUGGUCCAGCUGUUGAUGAUCUGAGAGUGGUGGACGUCUCCAUCAUCAACCUGGAAGUCUGCAAGGAGCAAUGGGGUCAUAUUGGUAAUCUUCCUGCCAAUGUUAUCUGUGCAGGUGGAUAUGGCACAGAGAAAGGAUUCUGUCAGGGCGAUUCUGGUGGUCCUCUGGUGUGCAACGGGAAGGCUGUUGGUGUUGUGUCUUUCAACAAUGAUAACAUCUGUAAAUACCCAGAAAAACCCAACGUCUACACCGAUGUAUCAAAGUACCUUCCCUGGAUCAAUGACGUCCUCAAACGUUACAAGUGAAAAUCUUGCAAAGCAUACAUUCACUGUACUAUGGAGGUUUUGCGUUCAAUCAGUGUGACCGAAAUUCAAAAUAAAAGGUUAUUGCAAAUACCGUGUUUGAUUUCCUUCUUUAACAAUGUCAUCAGAAAACACAAAUUGUAUUUAAGUGAACAAAAACAACAGUAAUAAUAAUGGUUAUGUUGAGC